GGAGAACGCUCCAGAUAGUGAUGGCCAAUACGUGACCAAAGCCCACAAAGUUCUCCGCUCGGUGACUAUAAAACUCGGAGUCGAUCCAGUUGGGUCAAGUAGUCGAUACAUCCAAACCGUGCUAAAAUGUUCAACAAGUCGAUCGUCGUGGCCCUCAUUGUGUGCGCCUGCUACCUGGGCACUAUUGAUGCUCGUCCUGGAGGCCUCGAUGUGCUCGGUGGUGGUGGUUCACUGCCGCUAGUUGGUCCUUUAGCUACGGGAGCUCUCAGUGGCGUUGCUGGUGGAGCUACUAGUGGACUUACCAGUGGCGUACUUGCAUCCGCCCUUCCCGCGGUGACCGGCGGACAUCAGGGUCUUUUGGGAGCAGCUCCAGGAAUUACAGGCUAAGGCCCCGCUGUCAUUUUGGACAUUCUUUGCAAGCUUAAAAAUGUUUAAAAGCGUAUUAAAUUUAGCAUAAUUUGACAAAUUUCAAUUGAAAAUAAAGUAACGUUUUGAGCAUUUAAAAAA